GUAGACACUAGACAGUGCUCGUCUUAUAUUGUCAAAUCGGCACUGUCAAUCAUAUUUGAUAUUUAAUUAUUUAGUAUUUACUUUUAUCAGAUGCUAAAGCCCAAUACAAUAUUGUUUUAUUAAAUAUUUUUAUUUAGUGCUUAUUUAUCAUAAACAUAUUUGAAUUUUAUUCUUCAAUAAGGGUAUUAAUAAGAACUAAAGUUGUUUUUUCUAAAGACGGUUACGAGAUGAAAAUCCGCCUAAAAAACAAAAACAAAAAAUAAAAUAAGGUAAUGGCUGAAAUACUCUCUGACUCCGAAAAUUCUGAGAGUGCAGAACGCCCUACAAGACCUUCCUUGGCGCAAGUGAAGGCAGUGAUAGAUUUUAUGCAAAAACACCCUGACCUGGCUCAUAGAAAGCUAAGAUAUGGCAUGAGUCAUGAAAAGUUCAAGAAACUAUGGAUAGAGCUUUCCAAUAUUGCCAAUUCCAUGAAAGGAGCAAUGAAAUCUACCAAAGGCUGGAUUAAGUUUUGGUCAGAUAAACGGAGAAGUGUUAUGUUAAAACAAAAACAUUUUAACGAAGGAAAGACCCAAGACAAACUUACUCCUCUAGAGCAGAAGAUAUUGAAUAUCUGUUUUAUUGGAAAACCAGGGAAAAGAAGUAAAACAGUAAAAAAAGAACCAUGUAAUGGUGAUAAUGGUUCUACAGAUGAUAUAUUUAGUAAAGAUGAAAGUGACUUAGAAUUUCAAGAUACAAAAAGAUUAGUGUCCACUGAAACAGAAGAACGCCACAUGAAUAUUAUGGAGAAAAUGGUGGAAGUUAUGGAUCAACAAGCAUCAGCUAUGAUGGAAAUGGCAAAGGCUACUCUUAACAAUUCAAAAGCCAUGGAAAGAAUAGCUGAAGCAUCUCAUAAACAGGCGCUGGCUGUUGAUAAACUAGCUGGUACAUUUGAGACAAUAAAUGCAUCAGCAUAUGAAGUAAGGAAUGCCAUUAUAAGUAUUGACUAUACAAUGAAAAGAUGCUUUUCAACGACUCCACCACAACAUAGACAAAAUACGAAUCUCUUUAGUUAAUUACAUUAUUUAUGUAUGUGUGAUUGAAAUAUAUGAGAGAAUGUUUUUUUUUUUAUAUUUUUACUCUGUAAUAAUACUUGCUUUUUAUGUGCAAAGCUAUGAAAAUUAUAAUUAUUUUUGCUAAGGUAUUUAUAAAUUGUAUUGUAAUUAAAAUUUACCGUCAUAAUUAGUUUUAAGAAUUUUGUAGUAACAGAAGGAUAGAACAGAAGGAUAGAACAGAAGGAUAGUUGGAGUAAUAGAAGGAUUUUAAGAACCUAUACUAGUUAGUAUGUUGUUUUUUGAGCAUGGGGACAGUGAUAGUUGGUUUCAGGUGUUGUAAGAAGUGCUUGAACAAUAGAGCAAAUUUUCACAUUUUCUUGGAAAUAUCACCUUCGGUAGGAUAAGUAUGCCAUGAGUGUAUAAACACCUGAGAUUAUAUUUAUCCACAUUCUGCUAACGUUACAGUUCCUAUAUGUUUUUUUUGCUUGUAUUUCUGACAUUGAUGGCACGACUGGAAUACUGUUUCGUUCAUUUUUUUCAUUGUUUUCUUUCAUAGAGCUCUCGAACCAUAUAAAUAAUUCGUCGACAUUUGUUCGGGUACCUUUUAUUCUUGAGAUUGAUUUACCUUAACGGGGAAAGGAUAAAUUGGAAGGCUUGAGGGAUACCCAAAUUCAACCGUAUAUUAUUUAUUUCCGCGAGCUGCUAAGUCAAAGGUCUUAUGCUUUAUGAGGUAGAUCAUUUCCCAUGUUUUGAAUGAAAUUCACUCCAUACCGUCGAUUUUCUUCUAAAUUAAUGUGUAUAUCACUUAGUAACUGCUAUUAUAUUUUUUAUAAACGGGAACCUAAAAUUACGCUUAAAUAUUUAGAUGAAAGCCCACAAACAUUAUUAUUUAUCUGUGCCUAAAAUAAAAGCCUGUUUUCUUUUGCAUUAAUUGUAUCUGAAAUUGCACUUCGGUUUAGAAAUUAUGGAAGUCAAUUAGUGUCACCCUACUUGGUUCUGCUUUAUUUAUUCGUUAACACAUUGCGUCGACUUCCGUUUUGUGUGCUGGGUUUUCAAAUUUUCGCUUUAAUUUAUGAUCACAUUUUUGGUGCUCAUCAGAAAUUAAUAUAUCUUUUGAUAAUCAAGUGGAUCUCAUGAGAGUGCCAUUUAUUGUGUAACUUGGCAUUUUAUUUAACUUAUCGUAGACGAAUACCUUGUAACUUAGAUACCGUGUAAGUCCGCUUAAUUAUUUAUCUUGAUUACAGCUGGUGGUGAAACUAUUCAAUUGAAUUAUAUUUCUUGUCGUCUGGUCUUAACUUUAUUGAGUGGAGAGGAAAGGAGAACUGUCUUUUGUUUGGUUCCGCUAAAAUGUGUUAAAUCAUGGGGUAACUACAUUAUUAACGGUAAAUUUCAAAGAAAACGCUAUAAGUAUAUAUUAUUACCGCCAUUAACUACUCUCAGUCACUAAAAAUAUUAUAUAUUUUUUACUAACUUUAACACGCUACACACUAGAAUCCGUAUACUACAAUGCGCCAACAACUACUACAUUCGUACCCAUAUAAGACGUUCACCUUACCAACUACCCUCUAAUUUUAUAAUAAUAAUAAGACACAAACGUAUUAAUCCUCGGACUGUACGCGAAACUGCUAUGUUAGAAAUCGAGAUUAGAUACUAACUGUGUAUACUAUCUAUCUCAGCGCUCGUUCUAUAAAUCUUUAAACGGACGACAUUUUGGACAUGCACCAGUAUUGCAGUUGACCCAUCAUAUAUUAUACUAAUAUAUUUUAAAAUGUUUAUUUUAAUUGAAUAUUUUUGCCUAAAAUAGUAUACAGUUUUACCUCGAUCUCCAUUAAUUAAAGAAUCAUGACAUAUUAAUAAUAAA